UACAGACCUAUCAGCAAAGGAGUGGGGGAGGUGUACUGUCAUGGAUUUUGCAAGCAUGGGAUAGUGGAGCUGCUUCUAUCCACUUAUCAGUGAGUGAAAAAGAUUUUCUGAGCCCUAGAGCCAAUGAUGAUCAGGUAGACCAAGGAUGUGCUCAGCUGCAAAAUGUCAGAAGUCCUGACAGGCGAGACACUGUUGCCCCGAAGUCGUAGCAGUGGUUGUGGGCAGCAGUUUUAGCAGCAGAUACAGAACCUGUUGAAUUUGUGUUGUCCCUUGGAAACUGGUGUAUAAUGGAGGAAGGUAUUAAUUUGGUGCAGCAGAUGAGGAUGGCUCAUGUGUCAGUUACAGGAUCCAAUCCAGACAGUGUAGCAGUGACCAAAAGUAUCAAAAUUCAGUUUUUGAGAGGAGCGCCUGCCUCACUAAACCCCGGGAUUAUACCAGCAGUGACAAAUGCUGUGGGUGAUGUAGGCGCCCCAGCAAACACCUUGAGGGGAACCAGGGCUGUGAUUUCAGGACCCUCUGUGCGGGUGGUGAACAAAGGAGAGGCAGCAAAAUGGAAAGGAGUUACAGCACAGGUGACAAGGAAACAAAUGUGGAAUGAUUUUGUACGAGCCGGUAUCCCAAAAACAGGGAUAGAUGGGAUCACAACAUCAGAAAUGUUUCCCUGGUGGCAAAAGUUAGCGUUUACACAAAAAAGCCAACCACCCCCAGCCUCACCACCAACUCCUCCCCCCUCCUCCACCCUGCCUGACACCUCAGUGCAAGAUGUUGCCCGGCAACAAAAGCAAUAUACUUUACAAGAAUUGCCUCAGGGAUGCAAACUCAGUCCCUCCAUUUGCCACCUAAGGACAGCAGCUGAUUUAGCAGCGUGGUCGGGUACAGUCACUGUUUACUAUUAUAGUGAUGACCAAUUGAUUAUGGUGGAAUUGCAACAAGAAAGUGAAGCAGCUGCUGAAUUACUAAAAGUUCAUUCGCAGGACCGAGACUGGGCAAAUAAUUAAAAGAAAAUACAGGGCCCUGGUGCUACUCUACAAUUUUUGGGAAUCGUUUGGCAUGGACAAAUCAGAGAAAUACCAAAUCAGGUACAGCAAGCAAAGCAGCCAUUUCCUGUACCAAUCACAGUAAAACAGUUACAGACCUUUGGAAGACUUUUAGGGGACUGGAGAACUUUUACACCACAUUUGGUCAUAUUAAUAUGCCUUUGGCGGAAAUUAACUAGGAAGAAAGUUGUCUGGCAGGGGACCAAGCAACAACAAGAAGCCUUUGAUGCCUGCAAAGAUGCUUUGAUUGAGCAUGCACAAUUAUACACUCCUAAGCAAGGAUAUUCAUUUGAAUUAGUAACAAUUCCAGAUGAUACAGUCUCAGGAUUGUGGCAGAUGACAGGGAUGAAAAAUCAGAAAGAACCUGUAGGGUUUUGGUCCGAGGCAUUACAAGGUUCUGCUAUACAUCAUAACCCAACUUCUCCUCUUGUUUUACACCCUUUGUUAAUAUCAAAUUCUCGAGUUUUUGUAUUUCAGGUGUCUUUGGUGAAUACCUGUGCCUCAUCUAGAGGAGAUAGCAUUGGAAUGCUGUUAUUGGUGUUGCAAACCCAACAUCUAAUUGAAGUUCACUCUGAAAAGGCACAAGCCAUAGCUCUACAAUCCGUGUGGGCGAUUACCCCACAUCAGGUUAUCAAACCCAAAGUAACAGUAGCUGAAGGAGCUGAAGCAGCACGUAUGUAUCAUUGGGAGGACAUGUCACUGCUGUUUUCCUCCCCGUCACAGGUUGGCUCAUCAUGCUUUGUAGCCUGGUACUACAAGCGCAUGCCCUGGAUACAUCUCUGCAAAAUCAACGUGUAAACACUCAGAUUUGAUUAGCAUCUACUGCAACUAACUUGUCUGCAUUUAAUACUAAGGGAACAUUAACAGCUGGAGAUCUGUAGACAGCUUGUUUCAGUGGCGCAUCAACUGCACCAUGUCUGAUACAGAAUUAUGCUGUGCUAAGUGUCUUUGAUAUUAAUGACUCAUUGCUGUUUUUUUCUGAGCAGGUAACGGCCAUGUGCCAAUGAACAUUACAAAUUCACUGACAGUCAACGUUUUCCUCCCCAGACACCAGAAACGUUGCUUCAACUUUGAAAACACGUUGCUUCAACGCAACUGAUGGAACAGCCAGCCCAGAGCACAACAUUCAACAUUCUCCAGGGCUGAAUGUCUCAAACGGAACAACCUCCUGGUGGUGCCCUGCUGGUUGAGGGGUUUAAUUCCUGGAGAGGAGGAGCAGGACACCUUUACAGAGCAUUACCGACUCUCACUCCACGGUGCCUGCAUCCCCUGCUUGCCUGCCUCUGCCUGGGUGCUGCUUCAGAGGUUCUCCGAUCCAUAAGCGAUGGAACAACUGGAUCCAAGCCGUGCUAGAAGGAGGCAAGAUCCUGCUGCUUGUGAGCAAAGUGAUUUCACUUCCGAUGUUGAAAUGGAGGAGAGGAAAGGGUUCAGCUGCAGGAAUGAGAAUGUGGAGGUGCCCCUGAGACCACAGGAGGGAGGAGCUUCCCCCCAUCCAAAGGUGCCUGGGGCUACAGGCAGAAGGAAAAGGGUCCUGGUGGUGUCUGUGCUGGUGGCUCUGGUCCUGGCUCUGGCCGUGGCUGUUGCUGUGCUCUCAGCAAGAACAUGUGGAGGGGAUCCAGCUGUGCCUGUGGCUCCGGUGCUGGCGUGUCCUGAUGGCUGGGUCGGGUACCACAAUGUCUGCUACUACCUCUCGAGGGACCAGGGGAGCUGGGAGUGGAGCCAGGAGCAGUGCUCCUCGCGUGGGGCCUCGCUGGCCGUGCUGAGGAGGGAGUGGGAAAUGCGGUUCCUCUCGCUUCUCAAAGGUGACACGGAUCCCUGGAUUGGGCUGCGGAGACGGGGCGAGCACCUGGAGUGGGUGGACGGCAGCAGCUUCAACCAGACCACAACAAUAAGACCAGCAAUGGAACAAGUGGAUCCAAGCUGGGCUAGAACGAGCCAAUAUACUGCUGCUUGUGAACGAAGUGAUUUCACUUCAGAUGUCGAAAUGGAGGAGAGGAAAGGGUUCUGCUGCAGGAAUGAGAAUGUGGAGGUGCUGCUGAGUCCCCAGGAUGAAGGAGCGUCCCCCCCUCCAAAGAUGCCUGGGGCUACAGGCAGAAGGACAUGGGUCCUGGUGGUGGCUGUGCUGGUGGCUCUGGUCCUGGCUCUGGCCGUGGCUGUUGCUGUGCUCUCAGCAAGAACACGUGGAGGGGAUCCAGCUGUGCCUGUGGCUCCGGUGCUGGCGUGUCCUGAUGGCUGGGUCGGGUACCACAAUGUCUGCUACUACCUCUCGAGGGACCAGGGGAGCUGGGAGUGGAGCCAGGAGCAGUGCUCCUCGCGUGGGGCCUCGCUGGCCGUGCUGAGGAGGGAGUGGGAAAUGGUGAGUGAGGGGCUGUUAGCGGCGGUGGGAUCGGAGCGGUGGGGUGUCGUGGGUGUCUCGGUGCAGCCCGUGGGGCAG